UUGCCGUAGGAAAAAAAGCAAAGAGCAACAGCAGCAGUAGCAGUAAAAGCAAAAGUAGCAGCAUUAGUGGCAGCCGCAGCGGGCACGGCACGAGUGAAAAGCGAAACGAAACGGCAUUCCGGACGCGAGCAAGUGCGGCAGCGAAGUAAAAACGCCACCAGCCCAACGUUUCGCCUCGGCGCCCAGUAGCAUUAUGACGCUGCCAAGCAGUUCGCGGGUGUACGCGGAUGUGAAUUCGCACAAACCACGUGAAUAUUGGGACUAUGAAAACUACAUCGUCGACUGGGCGAACCAGGAUGACUACCAGCUCGUGCGGAAACUCGGCCGGGGCAAGUAUAGCGAAGUUUUCGAGGCGAUCAAAAUGACGAGCAGCGAGAAGUGUGUGGUGAAAAUUCUGAAGCCGGUCAAGAAGAAAAAGAUCAAACGCGAGAUCAAGAUCCUGGAGAACCUCCGGGGCGGCACCAACAUCAUCACGCUGCUGGCGGUGGUGAAGGAUCCGGUUUCGCGCACCCCGGCCCUCAUCUUCGAGCAUGUGAACAACACCGACUUCAAGCAGCUGUACCAAACGCUUACCGACUACGACAUUCGGUACUAUCUGUACGAGCUGCUGAAGGCCCUCGACUACUGCCACAGCAUGGGCAUCAUGCACCGCGACGUGAAGCCGCACAACGUCAUGAUCGAUCACGAGAACCGCAAGCUGCGCCUGAUCGACUGGGGGCUGGCCGAGUUCUACCACCCGGGGCAGGAGUACAACGUGCGCGUGGCGAGCCGCUACUUCAAGGGCCCGGAACUGCUGGUGGACUACCAGAUGUACGACUACUCGCUGGAUAUGUGGUCCCUCGGCUGCAUGCUCGCGUCGAUGAUCUUCCGCAAGGAGCCGUUCUUCCACGGUCACGACAACUACGACCAGCUGGUGCGCAUCGCGAAGGUGCUCGGCACCGAGGACCUGUUCGCCUAUCUCGACAAAUACAACAUUGAGCUGGACCCGCGCUUCAACGACAUUCUGUCGCGCCACUCGCGCAAACGAUGGGAGCGCUUUGUUCACUCGGAAAACCAGCACCUGGUGUCGCCGGAGGGGCUGGACUUCCUUGACAAGCUUCUGCGCUACGAUCAUUUCGAGCGGCUGACCGCGCGGGAAGCGAUGGAGCAUCCCUACUUCGCCAUCAUCGUCAACGGCCAGAUGCCGCCCCCGGCGACCUCGUCCACCAAGGGCAACAACUAAGGGGGCGGCCACCACCUUCGCCGCCUGCAGCACCCAUCGCCAGCCUCCGUCUCCCGUGCGAACGCUCGUGCACAGUUCGAGCUAUUCCGCCGUUCCUGCCCGAACCCGCUUGCCCGCCCUCGGUCCUACCUUCUAUUCCGGGGUCUUGUGCCGACCGUUACGCGCCUCUUCGCCAGCACCACCCCCCAUCCAGUGGGUCGAACGGUGGCCACUGUGCUCGGGUUCGUCAUGGGAGGAGCAGCGCACGGAGUAGGCUGGACGAGCGUUCGUUACGCGCGGUAAAAGGAAUUCAUAUGGGAGGACCGAUGAUCGGCAGUAGCACUGCUGGCAGCAGCAGCAGCCAGGGGAGUAAGUAGCGCUUCGAUUGGUGCCUCUGCUGUUUGUUGUUUUUGUUCGUUUUGGGUGGCAAACGAGACGAGUGGCCGCAGUGUUUGGUGGUAACAUGGGACGUGAAUGAGUAUAGUACGUAUGACCAUGCAUGAAUUACAUAGAUUAGAAUAGGGUCUCAAAUUCAGGAGCGAAAACAUCAGCCUAUUAAACCGCGAGGAGAGCGCGCAAAAGAGCGCGAGAGAACAGAAGAAAAACAAAAUAAUAAUAACAACACUUCCCUGUUCCUUUUCCUCUUUUUAACCUUCUUUUCAACACCCCUAAUCCCCGUCACGUUUCCCGUUUCACAUCCAACAGCGUAAAGAACAAAAAAACAUAAAAAUGGGAGAAAAUUGAACGAAAUAUGGAGCAGCGUUAUUUGUAGAAAUAGUGGAUGGUUUAGUAGACUCUUCAACCGCAGGGCCACACUAACGUGCGCUAGUGAAGUUGUUUCAUUUGCCAGGACAACCGUUUCCGUUACCGUUCCUUAGCCUCUAGCAAAACCACCACAGCGGCCAGUUGGCACCGUCUCUGGUCGGUUUGGUUCUGUUUUCUACAUCCGUUUUCAUGAGCGCCUCUUAACGUAGCUUCCUACGUUCUCGGACGGCUAUGGUAGUGUUUGCGUGGCUUUAUUUCUUUCCUGAUAUCUAUUUUUUGAGCCAUUAUCGUUGCACCUUUUGCCUUUCCGAUGGCAGGGAAUCACUAGUUUUAUUUCUUCCGAGGCUGUACCGACUUCCGACUUCCGGCUUCCGACUGUACCGUCGAGAGCUAGCAGAAUUACCAUCCCGUGGACAUUUACACGUCUUUAACAGUUCAUUAUUUACACGCCUUUAACAGUUCAUUAUUUCUUCUGUUCAGCGUUUCCGGCUCUAAUAUCAUUCGCGUGCACUGUUAUUUCCUCCUCGCUCGCCUCACCUUUUACGUUCUUUUCCUUGCGGAUGCUUAGUUUAUAACAUUUUUCUCUCUGAAAAUUGUAAUUAAAGAUCGAAAUCAAUAAAUUAAAACAAACACUUCAUACCCCCAAAAAACGGCCCGAGUAUGCUGCGCUAGAGGAGAAUGAGGCAGGGAAUACGGUUGGGCCUUUCCAUUAACUAUGCCCUCUUCACAAUCCUACGACAUCCCAAUGGUUUGUAUCUGUAUCAACUGGGUUCCAUUGCUUUACUUGUGCCGUUUCCGAUUAUUGCUUGUGACGUACAAUUUAGAAUCCGAUCAUCGAUGCUCCUCAGUGUCGGGUGAAAUAGUAAUCCCUCAAUCUAAGCGAGCGGUGAAAAUCAAACGUCCCGUGAUAUCAUAGUGCUCCGUUGGUUUCCGUGUGUUGGUAAAGAGUAAAUUGACCCCACACACUUUAGACUGGCCUACUGCGUGAAUAUUUGUGUUGUGUAAGAAGAUCUUCACCACUAGAAUGAUGAGUAACGCGGGUAUUCGUCAUUGGAAUUCGACCGACCGACCGCGAAACUACUACCAAGUUCGGUGGUAACGAGGUAAUUUACUCAUCUUCACCCAACGAAUUCCCGAUUAACAAUUUGCGUUCACUAAUGGGUAUCAGCUUGUGAGCUUUUGCAAGUAGUCAUACGAUCGUUCAAUUAUUCGCUUGUAUUUAAAGGUUAAAGGCCCUCCUGAGGACCGCGCAUAG